AAUUUACUAAUAUUAUUUGUUUUUUCAUUAGAGGAAAUAUUUAUUUAUUAUCAAGCAAUUAGCUUUUAAUGUAAAACACUAUUGUAACUAUUUAAAUGUUUCUUAAAUGAGUGCAGUAGAUGGUAAACACAAUGUUACAGAAUACACAAACUUGUUAGACAAAGAAGCUUCUUCUGACUGUGAAUCUGAAAAUAUGCCUCAUAAUGACGAAGUCGAAAGAGUUAUAUCAAAUCAAGAAAGAAAUGUAUCGCGGUUUAAUUUGUUAGCAAGAUUUCGAAAUGUAAGAACUAAUAAUGAGGGAAGAUCAACAGUUCAACCUCCGCAACCGCUGGAACAAAGAUCUAUGAACGUUGUUGAAAGUGAGGAUGAUGACCAUGAAGAAAUGUUACAGUAUGGUGCUAAAAGUGUGCUGAUGCUAAUAAUACCUGUCUCCAUUUGUUUACUAGUUGUUGUGGCUACAAUCUCUUCUGUUACAUAUUAUACACAAAAUGCAGGGACUUAUUUAGUUUACACUCCAUUUCAUGAAGAGGGAAAUAUAUCUCAUGCUGAAAAGUUUGGUCAAGCCUUAGCAAAUUCCCUUAUAGUUAUUGGAGUGAUUCUUGUUAUGACUAUAAUUCUAGUUAUCUUAUAUAAAUGCAGAUGCUACAGGAUCAUUGAAGCAUGGUUGAUUUUAUCAUCUUUGAUGCUUUUGUUUUUCUUCAGUACAAUAUAUCUUCAAGAACUGCUUCGUGUGUAUAAUGUAGCCAUGGAUUACAUUACUGUUGUUCUUUUGAUAUGGAAUUUUGGUGUUGUUGGAAUGAUUUGUAUACACUGGAAAGGACCUUUGUUAUUGCAGCAAGCAUAUUUAAUCAUUAUUAGUGCUUUAAUGGCAUUAGUUUUUAUAAAAUAUCUUCCUGAUUGGACAUUAUGGUUUAUAUUAGCUGCUGUUUCAAUAUAUGACUUGUUCGCAGUACUCUGUCCAAAAGGUCCUCUUCGUAUUCUUGUACAAACUGCACAGGAAAGGAAUGAACAGCUUUUUCCAUCACUUAUUUAUUCAUCAACAUUUAUGUAUCCCACUGUGGUGAACCAGGUUCAGGAAGCAACCAGCUCCCAAGCUAAACUUACAGAAAAUACUGAUGAUAAUCAUGAAGAUGAGCCAAAUAAUAUUCAACAGCAAACAGCCCCCAUUUUAAAUGAACAGAAUGUAGAAGCAACUGCAACCACACCGCCUACACAAUCAGAAGGUCCUGAAGAACGAGGUGUUAAGUUGGGACUUGGAGAUUUUAUUUUCUAUAGUGUUUUAGUUGGAAAAGCUUCUUCAUAUAAAGACUGGAAUACAACACUUGCUUGUUUUGUUGCUAUUUUGAUAGGUUUGUGUUUGACUUUGCUAUUGUUAGCAAUUUAUCGAAAAGCUUUACCGGCUUUACCGAUAUCUAUAACUUUUGGAUUGAUAUUCAACUUUGCUACGUCAUACUUUGUUAAACCGUUUACCGAUCAUUUAGCAGGCGAACAAGCUUUUAUAUAAUUCAACAGAAAGUUACAUAAAUGUACUUUACUAGCGAAUCAUUUUUCUUAUAUAUUUAUUAUUGAUAUAAUAUAAAAGAUUUUAAGUUUUUAUAUCAGACGUA